AUGAGAACAUGGAACCCCGCCAGGGCUUCCGCAGCCGGGAUUUCCGCCGCAAGAGCCGCCGCAUUGCUCGGCGUGCUCUUGCUCCUCUCCUCCGCGCAUCCGGCGCAGUCGGAGCGCCUCCUUGGGUCGCUGCUGCGAUUCGGGCGCGAGUUCGCCGCGACGCGUCUCCGAUGGCGUACUAAUAAAGACACGCCUAUUCCCUCGCUCGCGCAGCUUUCACCAGAACCCGAUCCGCGCAUCGAUAACUACGACUUCGAAGCAGAUGCGAUCGACGGCGCCAGUCUCAACCUGCCACGUGGCCCGCCGGAGCUGUCGGACCCGGAGCUGCGGGUGAGGUUCGGCACCGUCGCCCGACGCAAGGAGUCGUGGCUCGGCAGGGCGAUGGACAUGGACGAGGCGUGGGCGGCGUGGGACAAGACCGUCGGCUGCGCCGCCUUCCGAAGCAAGCACGCAGAUCUCAUCGCCCAGUACCUGAACGACACGUGGCCCAAGAGCAGCAGCUUCCAGGAUGCUUCCUCCCUGCCGUGCUCUGCUCUCAAGCUGCCCCAUGUCUCCAUCCAGGUGGUUUCCUCCCCGUCCAUCCCUGAUUGGCUAGACGGUCUCUACAGCUGCCCCUGCCAUCUCUCCUGCUCCUUCUCCCGCUCCCCGACCCUCUCCCCCUCCCCGCACGCUCUGCUUUUCGAGGGUGAAUUACCCCGAGAUAUUCCGAACCACCCAAGCAGCAUGGAGCGAGGCAGGCCCUUAUUGGUGCAAAUGGAUAUGGAAGGGCAUGGGGGCGGGGAGGAGCGGGCAAGGACUGCUGAUGGGGGUGGGGAUAGCGGCAGCAAUGGCAGCAGCAGCAGCAGAAGUGGUGGCAGUGGUGACAGGGGCAGCAGGGUUGCGGCGGACAUAAGAGUGGGGUAUGGCGCGGAUGCAGACGUGCAGGUGACAUAUGCGGGGCAGCUGGAGCAUGCUGACCGCAACCGCCAUGUGUCUGGCGUCAAGAGGAAGUCACCGCCUCUCAUCCACGCAGCAUCGCGGCCGUCCAGCUGGCGCGAGCGCAUUGGAGCGCUGAUGCGGCGCAUGGCGCACAGCAUGGGCAGCCGCAGCAACAACAUGAAAGAGGAGGAGGCGGACGUGCUCGACACGUACAGCAUGUGCACCUAUGUGGGGCCGCACGGUCAGAGAGUGGGGUCGCAUGAACAAGGGAAGGGGGCAAAGAAUGAAAGCAAAGGUGGCGAGGUGAAGCGCAUGGGUGGGUCUGCAGCGACAGUAGCAGCAGCAGCACAGCGAGGCAUGGGAAAGGGAGCAGCAGGAGGCGGAGGGGUAGGAGGCGAGGGAGGAGGAGGAAGGGGAGGAGGCGGAGGAGGAGGAGGAAGAGGAGGAGGAGGAGGAGGAGGAGGAGGAGGAGGAGGAGGAGGAGGAGGAGGAGGAGGAGGAGGUGGUGGUGGUGGUGGUGAUGGUGGUGGUGGUGGUGGUGGUGGUGGUGGUGGUGGUGGUGGUGGUGGUGGUGGUGGUGGUGGUGGUGGUGGUGGUGGUGGUGGUGGUGGUGGUGGUGGUGGUGGUGGUGGUGGUGGUGGUGGUGGUGGUGGUGGUGGUGGUGGUGGUGGUGGUGGUGGUGGUGGUGGUGGUGACAAUGGUGGUGACAAUGGUGGUGACGAGGCAGCAGAGGAGGCUCGGCAGGAAGCAGAGACUGCAAGGAGGCCCAUGAGAGGCAUUCGCACGGGAGGGGGGGGCGUGUGGGGGAGGAGUGAGGAGAGCUGGGAGGAGGAGGAGGAUGCAGGGGUGGGGAUGCGGGGCGGGGGACACAAGGACUGGUGGGACCACCUGCACUGCGUACAGUCACACUACCUGUUCAACCUCGUUAUAGAGUCACGCGAGGAGCGCGUCUUCGUAACUGAAAAGUUCUUCCACGCGUUGGAAGCAGGCACAGUGCCGGUGUACUAUGGGGCGCCGGACAUAGACAGCUUUGCCCCCCCCGACUCGUUCCUGAACGCCGAUUCAAUGCAUCGGGACGAGCUGCGGCGCACCAUAGUGGUGGCUGCUGAGGACCCCGUGAAAUAUGCCAACUUCCAUGCCUGGCGCAGUGAACUCACCGUGCUGAACUCGUCGGCCGUCGAUCCCGCCGCCGACUCCGCUUAUCCGCCCGACAUGCGCGACUCUUCUCGAGCAACGCACGCGCACGCGCACGUGUACACAUCCCCACUCGAAACCCUAGAUUCUUCCAUAGCCAUCCUCGGCGGGUGGCAUGGGCAACCCGCGCAGCACUCCGCUUCCCCCUCCGCCUCCUCGCUCCCGCGCUCGUCCUCCGCGGGCGGCGCGGGGACCGCCAUAUGGGACGCGUCGGUCGUUGACGUGCGCGCGUAUCUCGAGGCGGUCGAGCGCUUAUUCGACCUAAUCGACGCCGCGAACAUGCCCGGCGCGCCGCCCGGGAUGGGCGGCGUGCGCGAGACGGCUAAAGCAAUGCUGAACAACGUCGUGCCGCGGCUUGAGGAGGGCUUUCUGCACGUGCUGCUCGCGGAGAGCCACCCCGUGCCGCCCGAUCGGGUCAACGAAGCCGCCAAGCGCGUAUCCAAGCCCCCGCGCUCCUCCGCGCCGCUCUCCCCCUCCGCAGCCGCCACUCCUGUCUCCUCCUCUUCCCCCUCCUCCUCCCCCUCGUCCGCGUCCCUCGCGGUCUCCGCGCUCGACCGCGCGCCCUCCUUCCUCCCCGAGCCCGCCGUGUGGCGCCUCCACGCCAUUGCGCGCGUGGCUGCACGCGCGGGGCUCUCCCCCUCGCUCCGGCGGAACUACCGCACCGUGCGCAAGGCGGUGUUAGAGGAAUCUCUGAAGCAGCUAGCAGCAGGGAGGUUCGACCCACGGCUGGUGCCGACACUGGAGUGGGAUGAGCUGGCAGCGCGGGUGGACCUGUGGAAGGCGUACGCGCGGAGGGGCGUGCGCGUGCUGCUCGCCGCUGAGAGGAAGCUCUGUGAACGGGUCUUCGACACGGUGGAGGACAGCGAGCAGUGUUUCGCGGAGACAGCCAAGGGCAGCAUGGGGCGGCUGUUUGACUUCGUGGAGGCAUUCGCGGCGGGGCACAAGGCGCCGGAGCGCCUCUUCGCCAUGCUUGACAUCUACGAGACGCUGCAGGAGCUGCAGCCGGAUUUCAACGCGGUUGUGUGCGGCAACGGUGCGUGCCGCAGUGUGCGAAACGAGCUGUCGGUGGUAUUAAGCUACGUGGGCGUGGCGGUGAGAGGCAUCCUCGCUGACUUUGAGCGAAACAUAGAGCAGGAGGACAGCCGGCCCCCUCCCGCCGGCUCCGUGCACGGACUCACCAGCUACGUCGUCAACUACCUUGGCUUGCUCUUUGAAUACAGUGACACUAUUAAUAAGCUGUAUAGUAGCAGUGGGAACGCGGUGGUGGUGCCGGUGCCCAAGCUGCUGCGGCUGAGGUCGGACGAGGAGGAGGAGGAGGAGUUUGAGGAGGAGGAGGUGCAGGGGGAGGAGGAGGGGGAGGAGGGCGGAGUGGUGGGGGAGGAUGGGAAGCGGUACUGGGGGGAGCCGCAGGAGGAGUAUCGCGAGGUGGGGCGAAAGAUCAGGGGGAUUCUGAAGGUCCUGGAGGCGAAGCUUCUGGGAAAGGCGCUGACGUACCGGGAUGCAGGGCUGGCACACUUUUUCAUGAUGAACAACGUGCAAUACAUUGCGCGCAAGGUGAAGGGGUGUGAGCUGCGCAUGCUGGUGGGGGAUGACUGGAUCAGGGACCGGGCAGACACGGCACAGCAGCAGGCCAACGAGUACCUCAAGGUGGCGUGGAACCGCGUGGUGGCACCGCUCAGAGAGGUCCCCACCACCUCCUUCCUCAACCCCAAGGGCUCGCUCAAGGUAAUCCCAAGGGCUCCCUAA